UAUUCAGUCCAAACAACAAAGCCAUUGUUUAAAGUGUUGAGAAUGGCAGAUUCGGAGAUGGUACCCGGUAUGGGGUUUCUAUAUGCUUGUAUGGAUCGAGCAAAGGAAGAAAUUUCUGAGAAUUUAGGGCGGGACUUUGGCUCUUAUAAUGAGAUUCGGAAAAUAAUUGAUAAGAGGUGGGAAUUACAAUUGCAUCGGGAUUUGCACGUUGCAGCAUAUUACCUCAAUCCUCGCUUUCAGUAUGAUCCAAAAAUGUCUACAAAUCCAGAGGUGAAGGCAGGAUUAUUUAGAUGUAUGGCUAAGCUUUUUCCAGAUCCAAAGAUCCUAGAAAAACUUCAUUUGCAAAUGGAUGACUUUCGACUAAAGCGGGGAUUCUUUGGACAUGACGUUGCACAAAACACUGUGCAUAAACGGAGUCCUGGUAAGUAAAUUGCUCUUACCAAAUAUCAUUACCGAUUUUAUAUAUAUAUAUUGUUAUUAGAUUCUUUUUUUAUAAAUAAUAUAGUUGAUUGGUGGACCCUGAACUAAUGGCAUGUGCGAUCAGAAUCUUAAAUCUUACAUGUUCGUCAUCUGCGUGUGAAAGAAAUUGGAGCACAUUUAAUCAGAUCCAUACGAAGAAGAGAAAUCGCUUGCAUACCAAGAAUUUGAAUAAAAUGGUUUACGUGAU